CAUACAUACGUAACGAUUUAUCGUAGCGAUAAAUCUGUGCAGACCAGUUUGCGCAGUUUUGUCGAUCGUGUGUAUGAAAAAUCGUUGUCGAUAAUCGUUCGUCGGUGGCAGUUGCAAUUUCUAUCAGAUAAAUCGUUGUCGAUUACAUUUGCACAGUUUUAUCGUUGCGUGUGGACGGCGAUCGCUCAGUUCGGCAGUACUUCACGGAGCUUGCUAGUGUGCGCACGUGCACAUCGCUUUCACAGAAACAUGUCGGAAGACGAAAGAGUUGGACAGCGCGAACUACUUCAAGAUUUUAUAGAAAGCUACAGAAACGAAACUUGCCUUUGGAAGACUACAAGUAAGGAUUACCACGACCGCAACAAAAAUGCCGCCUACGACAGGCUAAUCGAAAAAUACAAACCCAUAGAUCCAAAUGCCACCAGGGAUACAGUGGUUAAGAAGAUUAAUAAUCUUCGAACUACAUAUAAAAAAGAGCUCAAUAAAAUAAAAAAAUCGUGUAAAUCUGGAGCAGGGACUGACGAGAUUUAUAAACCUCGUUUAUGGUACUUUGAGUUAUUGAGUUUUUUAUACGAUCAAGAAGUACCAAGACCAUCUACAUCGAAUAUUGAUGAUGACGAAAAUGAGACGCAGUCAACCACCGGCAUUAGCUCAACGAGCUACGAUUGUCCAGACACCGAUCGAGACACACCAACACUGGCCUAUUCCGACAACGAAUCAGACACACCGACCCCGGCAAACCGUUCUGACAGCGAACGAGCUACAUCAAUCUCGGGUCGUGUUCGGCCAAGACCAAAAAAAAAUACAUUAACUGAAGACGUACUUAAGUCCGUAAAUGAUCAUUUUAAAAGGCCUAAACAACCCGAUAAUCGUUUUGAAGUUUUUGGCAAAAAUGUUGGGAUGAAACUACAAGAGUUACCAAAAGAACAGAGAAUUAUAGCAGAAAAAAUAAUUAAUGAAACUCUGUUCUUGGCUGAAAUGGGUAGCUUAACUAUAUCACACACUGUAAGAAAAUAUGAUGACUUUGCAAAUACUACUUUUUCCACACAGCCACACAUACAAAACCUUUCCACUCAGCCACAAAUUCAAAACCUUUCCACUGAGUCACACACUCAGUCACACACUCAAGUCAUUUACACUCAACCACACACUCAAAAUCUUUUCACUCAACCACACACUCAAAUCAUUUACACUCAACCACACACUCAAUCAUCAAUAGAAUUUACAUCACCAUUAGAGCUAGACCAUACACAAUCUGAUAAUACAAUUACUUCCUAUUUACGUAAUGUUAAUGAUUAA